AUGCGCGGCCUUCACGGACGCGACGAACGUGUUGGCAUAGGUAUCUUGGUAGGCUUGGCCGAGGGCAGCGAAAAAGAAGGUUACGGCGAAGAGCGCGAACGGAGGCGUCCAGGGGCGCAGGGCGUGUGCGAGGACUUGCAGACUGGCUCCGAGAGCGAGGAAGACUCCGAGAUUGAGGUAUUGGCCGAGAUAGCUGUUGGAUAG